UCCAAAGUUCCACCAGACCCUUUUCGGAAACAUUAACGUUUUCAGUCUCUGUACUCUUCAGGAAUUUUCCUCGGCACUUUGCAAACAUGAAAGAUCCGAAAGUCAAAGAAAAUGCAGAGAAAAGUGAAAGUAAAGAGGGCUUUUAUGUGCCGAAACGUUACAUUAUGACGCUGCUAUCAUUCUUGGGCAUGUUCAAUAUCUACGCUUUAAGAGUCAACCUGAGCGUAGCCAUGGUGGCAAUGGUUAACAACACGAAAAGUAGCGACGCGUGGGACAACUACAGCUAUUUUAUGGAGUGCCCUGAACUAAUAUCCGGUAUGGAUGAAUCAGAAACAGAGAGUUUUAAAGGCGAACAAUACAAUUGGGACGCUCAGGCGCAAGGAAUCAUCCUUGGAUCCUUCUUUUACGGUUACAUCAUCACGCAAUUGCCUGGCGGGUUUUUGUCCGAAAAGUAUAGCGCCAAGUGGUUAUUUGGCUGCGGAACCUUGGUCACGGCUAUAUUCUCUCUUCUCACCCCUGCAGCUGCGCACUGGGGGACAGCCCCUUUUAUUGCUGUUCGUGUUCUGGAAGGUCUCGGUGAGGGGGUGACUUUUCCGGCCAUAAACGUGCUCAUCAGUCACUGGUCUCCAAAACUGGAAAGGAGUAGAGUCUCGACGAUCAUCUUCACCGGCUCCCAAAUCGGGAACGUGAUAGCAAUGCCUAUAUCCGGGUGGCUGAGCAGCAGCGAUGUCCUCGGGGGCUGGCCUUCUGUCUUUUACGUUUUCGGCACAAUUGGCUGCAUCUGGUUUGUUUUCUGGGCGUUUCUGAUCCAUGAAACCCCAUUCCGACAUCCCAAGAUUUCAAAGAGCGAGCUGAAAUACUUCGAGGAAAGUAAAGGGAAUAAUCAAAACAAGAAACCUAAAACACCUUGGAGGUCUAUCUUCACUUCCCUCCCCAUGUGGGCUGUCGUUGUUGCUCACUUUGGACACAACUUUGGUUUUCUGAUCUUACUAACGGAGUUACCAAGUUAUCUUAGCAGUAUUCUUCACUUCGAUAUUAAGUCGGACGGCACGCUUUCUGCUUUACCCUACAUUGUGCAAGCAUUGAGUGCCUGGUUGGCAUCUUACAUUGCUGACAAACUUAGAACAUCUGGAAGACUUAGCAUAACAACUAUACGGAAAUUAAGCAAUUCAGUGGGCUUAUUUGGACCAGCUGCCUGUCUUCUGGGAGUGACUGUGAUUGGCUGUCGCCCAAACGUAACAAUUACCCUCUUUUCAGUUGCAUUAGCUUUGAACGGAUUUAUCUACUCAGGAUUCAACAUCACCCAUGUUGAUAUGAGUCCAGUGUUUGCAGGCACAUUGUUUGGAAUCACAAACGCUAUCUCAAAUUUGUGUGGAAUUAUUGGACCAGCAAUUGUUGGGGCUUUUACAAAAAGUGGGGCUACAAUAACUAACUGGAACAGUGUGUUUUAUAUCACAGCUGGUGUGUAUGUAGUGACCGCAACAUUUUAUGCCGCAUUUGCUUCAGCAGAACUGCAGUCCUGGGCAUUCGGGUCAGAAGGCAGCGAAACCAAAGAUGCUAAACUAAAGGACAUUAUCAUCCAACCCCAGUAUGGCGAAUAUAAAGCGCCAAAUAGCACUGAAGAAUUUUCUCCUGUAAGGAAAAAGAGCCUGCCUCCAGUAAAGGUAGCAGGUUAACAAGAUGAUAAUUCGUUAACGGGAAAUCAUCUUUGAAAAGCGCGAUAUGCUGACACUGAAACAGCAAUUAAGUUCAGUUUGAAGAUUUCUGCUACUUGAUGGAAUAGUUGAAACUUCUUCAACUAAUGAGUGUAGCUGAGGAAACGUGCUGGUUUUUAAAAUUGAAAAAUGUCAUCUGGUACUAUCAAUAUAGAACUUGCAAUAUGUAAUUCCAAUUCAAGAUUUUUUAACAAAUUUCUUUCAUGAAACAUUCAAAGUUGAUUAUUGAUUUAUAUUAAGCAAAAAUAUCUGCUGAAAAGACUCAGAGGUCAUAGUAUUUUCAUUAACUUGAGAGAAAAACUUAAAAUUUAUCGUAGACACAUAUACAUUUUAUACGAUUUGAAGUUCGUUUUAACAGAUUUGGUAAGUUUGCUGUCAAUGUUAACACUUUGAGACUUCAGUGACUUCUACAAUUGGCUGAAUAUAACUAGGCUGUUAAUAAUAAAGGCUGUACGGACUCAAACGAAGCCACUAUGUCUCAAAGAGUUACCCUCUCGGGACCGAAUAAUCAAAAAAUAACAUACAUGUAUAUAAAUAUAUAUUUUGCAUUUUAUGGGUAUAAAAUGUCACUUAAAAUUAUGUGUAAAAUAAACUUUACUUCACACGAGGCUCAGCGUUUUAGGAAAUCUAUUUUGUUUGUUGCUAAUUUCAAAUCAUAUUUAUAUCAUCUGUAUAUAUAAAGUAGCUUGUCCGGAAUGACAAUCAACGCACAGCCAAACCUAUGGAAGCUAGAAAACUGAAAUUUGGAACAUAGGUCAAUUUUAUAACGUAAGCGCGUGCUAAGAAAGGAUUUUUCGAAAUUUCGAUUUUAAGGGGGUGAAACGGGAUUGGGAAUGUUCUGCACUCAUAUGCAAAAUUCUCAAGAACGGGCUCGAGUUCAGGGUCGAACCAGGUAUUUAAAAAUUCGAAAUUUUACGAGGGUUACGAAUAAUUCAUCCUCAUCAACGUAGGAUGCUAAUUAACGGAUAUAUCAAUUAAAAACUCAAUUUUAUAUUCACUUGAACAUACGUCUAUGCCAAAAAAUGGUCCGAUUUUUUCGGUUUUUGUACCGUUGGAAAGCCCGUAAAAAAUAAUCAUUUCGAAAAUUUCCGCAAGGAUGAAAAUAUCCGCGGACAUCGAAAAAUGACUAGAAAAAAAGUUAUAAGCGCUUGAAGUAAAAAUUAAUUUAUUUCACAAAGAAAUUUCUUCCUCCAUUUUUUGCGCGAGAUUAAUUUUAGUUUGUAGAAAAGCUGAUCAAUAUUAUUUGUUGCCAUUUCUUGCUUGAGUAUAGCAAAGUAAAAUUUCUUGCAAUUGGUUUUUAACGCAUUGGGGCUUUACCUGUAGCAGAGCAUUUAAAAUAUAUUCCCUUUUAAUUAGGUUUUUGCAAGGCGAUGUUUUCAUGUACGAUUUUAAUGGAUGCGUAGUCUUUAAAAAAAUCUGACUCUUACUGGUUUUGUUUACGUUAUUUUAAAGGGUGAAUGAUAUAUUCUGCUUUAAUGGCGAUACUGAGGAAUAUUUCUCUUAUUUGAAAGGUGUUUUUUUAUGCUCUUAGAUACAUUGUGAUGAAAAUUUUCGAAAUUAUACCAGAUGAGGAUUUUAAAGAGCUCUCUUUGAAAACUGUUACCUUUAUUAUAUGGGAGACACGUUUUUUUUUCCGUUAUAGGUACUUUACGGCACAUUAUCAAUCUUGGCGAUUGUUUUUGUUUAGCUUGCGGCAACAAAUAUUGACAGCUCAACUUUUUGCUACUGAAGUGAAGUGAAGCGCUACUGAAGUGAAGUGAAGUGAAGCGCUACAUGUUGUCAUUGCGGUACGAAUUACGUGUAGAUAAUCCUGAGAAUUUUUACCAUUUUCUUUUACCUUCUUGUACUGCCCAAAAAAAAGUUUGAAUAAAUGUG